AUGGGGAAGCACGACUUUUUGACGCCCAAAGCCAUUGGCAUUCGUAUGAAGUCAAAAGGGCUUCAGAAAUUGCGAUGGUUCUGUCAAGUGUGUCAAAAACAAUGUCGAGAUGAAAAUGGAUUCAAAUGUCACACCACAUCUGAGGCACAUCAACGACAAAUGUUGAUCGUGGCCAAUGAUCCAAAUAAAUUCAUGAGUGGCUACAGUGAAAUGUUUGAAGAAGCUUUUCUUGAAAACUUACGACGACGUCAUGGCACAAAACGAAUGCGUGCUACGCAUGUUUACAAUGAAUAUAUAGCAGACAAAAUGCACAUUCAUAUGAAUGCAACACAAUGGGAGACACUCGGGAGUUUUGUGCAGUACUUGGGACGUGUAGGCAAAUGCACUGUGGACGAGACGGAGAAAGGAGGAACUGGAGAAAAAAAGAAGGCGAAAUUAGACCAUGAAGAGCGGAAUCGGCUGUUCAUUGAACGGCAGCUGAAGAUUGCUAGCGAGAAAGAGGAAGUUGGGACGACGCACCGGCCAACCAAAUUGCAGCGUGGAGAAAAUGGAGACAGGAUCAAGAUAUUGCUGGCUACAAAGAACGAAGAUGGCAAGAAGGAUAGUAAAGUGUUAGGUGCAGUGAAGGUUUCGGUGUUUGGUGGAGAGGAUAACGAUGAGGGCAAGAAGACACGAGAGAGCAGGGAGAUGGCAUUGGAGGCCAAACGCUCUGACCAGCGACACGCUGUGGGCGCUAUCAUGGAGGAAGAAGAGCGUCAUCGGAAAGAAAAGAAUCGACGGUUAGAACAGGAGUCCAAGUGUUUACGGAAGGAAAAUUGGAUUACCACGGGAAUUGUGGUCAAGGUAACAAACAAAAAGGUUGGCGACGGCCAGUACUACAAGUGCAAAGGAGUUGUCAAGAAUGUGGAGGAUAAGUUCUGUGCGAGUGUGGAGCUGUUGGAUUCUGGAGAUAUACUGCGGCUGGACCAAGACGACCUUGAGACGGUGAUACCGAAACCAGGACGCAAAGUCAAGAUUGUUAAUGGUCUCGGACGUGGCUGUACGGCGAAGCUACUAAACAUCUCAGUUGCCGACUUCUGCGCUCGCAUUCGGAUUGACUCAGGGUCCCAUCGAGGCGAGAUUUUGGAUCGAGUCGAGUACGAAGACAUCUGUAGACUUGCGGAUGAACAGUCUUGA